AUGGCAGCAGCGAAUCAAGAUUUUGAUAUACCAACUCAACUAAAGGAUGGCAUUCGCGCAUUUAUGCUUGACGCGCACAAUCCAAUUAACGGCACUGAUUCACAAGCAAUUGAACUUUGCCAUCAAUCUUGUAAUUUAUUGGACGCGGGAAAUCUCGUGAACACUUUACAACAAAUUGUCACCUGGUUACAAUCAAACCCAAAUGAGGUGAUCACUAUUUUCUGGGAAAACUUUGACAAAAUAUUAACAUCAAGGUUCAUGUCAGCCUAUCAAUCAUCAGGCAUAAUGUCUUAUGUGUAUCCACAGCAAGAUGCAACGAGUGCUUGGCCCACUUUACAGUCAAUGAUUAACUCGGGAAAAAGAGUUGUGAACUUCAUUGAUGUUGGUGCAGAUCAAAGUGUUCCUUGGUUAAUGGCGGAAUACAAUUACGUAUUUGAAACACCAUUCGAUAAUAGUGAUCCAAACGGUUGGCAAUGUACGGUAGAUCGACCAAAGAAUCAACCCCGUAAUAUGUACGUGUUAAACCAUUUCUUGAGUGGUAAAUUACCAGCGAGUAUCACAAAUGGCCAAGAUAUUGAAUUUCCUCAACACGAUGUUGCCAACACAACAAACUCACAAAGUCUUCAACAACACGCUGCAGCAUGCAAAGCAACAUUCGGUAAAACUCCGAAUUUUGUCGCAGUCGAUUUUUAUGAGAUAGGGGCAAACAAUCAAAAUGUAUUUUCUGUGGUCGCGAAUUUAAAUAACGUUUCAUAUGUCCCGAAACAACUGGGCAAUACUGUAACUGCUAAUGGUGGAUCUAAUAAUGGUAGCUCGUCUAGUGAUGUCGAUAGUUUGCGUGUUUCGAUUAAAUUCUCACAGACAAUGAUGACAUUGGGUGUUGUCGCUAUGUUUGUUGUGUUGAAACGCGAAAAUAAUAAUAAUGCAGAUUCUAUGGCUUCACUUUCUUUUAUUAACGAGGAGGAAGUUGUGCCUACUUCUAAGGCACCUUCCACUAUUGCUAGUGAAAAAUUAUUGGAAAAAUUGCUUGGUGAUAUAAGUGAUAAUGAUAUCCUGGAAAUAAAAGAUUCUGAAACUGUGGACGAUCCCAUCACUGCAUCAUCUUCAACAUUGAAUACAACUGCGGCUGUUGAGGAGAAUGAAUUCGUGCGUGAAAUUUUAGCAAAAGGAAUGGAUUUACGCGAGCAUGCUCAAAAUAUUGAGACAGAAUUAUACGCUGCUGAGCGGGAUCAUGAAUCUGAGUAUGUUAAUCAAACUCGGAAUUUUGUGAAUUUGCAUGACGAAAUUCAGUCGUGUGAUAAAAUAUUGGAGAAAAUGGAAAAUAUGCUUUCCGUAUUUCAAAAGGAUUUAGGAAACAUAAGCUCCGAAAUUCAAUCGUUGCAAGAAAAGUCUUUAACCAUGAGUAUCAAACUCAAGAAUAGAACUGCAGUGGAAGAGCAAUUAAGUGCUGUAUUGGAUGGCAUUGUCAUUCCGCCACCAAUGAUCAAGAAAAUUACCGAAGGUGAAGUUGAUGAAACAUGGCUUGCAUAUUUGAACGAGCUUAACAGGAAAAUGAUAUACGUAACCAAAAAUCAAGAUAAAGAAUUCGUGGCUUUUAAAGAUGUUGGACCCGAAUUGGAAAAAUUACGACUAAAGGCUGUCGAAAAAAUACGUGAUUUUCUUUUAAAGAAAAUAAAAUCACUACGAAUACCGAACACAAAUGUACAAAUUCUACAACAAUCAGUAUUUCUGAAAUAUAAAGAAUUGCAUCAGUUUGUGAUGGAACAAUACCCUGAAGUUGCUAUUGAGAUUCGUCAGACAUACGUGAAUACUAUGAAAUGGUAUUUUUAUAAUCAUUUUGAACGGUAUAAUCGUGGAUUGCAGAGUCUUCAGAGUCCGAUUGGUGAUAAAUUGGAUUUAAUGGGUUAUGAUGAAAAUGUCAAGAAAGGAGGCUUAUUCGGCACGACUAGAAUUGCCUUACAGGACAAAACUAGUAUCUUUGCAUUAGGUGAUAGAAUUGACACACUACGCAGUCAAGAUGCUGGUGUCAUACUCGUUCACGUAGCUGAAAAUAAAAAUCUGAGAUAUCCAGUAGAGGCGCUUUUCAGAAGCUUUAAUCUAACAUUUAUAGAUAAUGCUAGUUCAGAAUAUCUUUUUCUUUUAGAAUUUUUUGCAAAAGAUGAUAAACCGGCGGUAGAUAUGGUGCGAGACUUGUUUGCCGAAAUUUUUGAUUCGACGAUAAAAUUGGGCUUGGCCACAGCCAAAGAGAACGUUGAGCAUAGCUACGAUGUAGUUGGAAUCCUGUUGUGUAUCCGUUUGAAUACACAAUUCGCAUUAGAAUUGCAACGACGACGAGUACCAGCAUUAGAGAGUUACACCAACCAAAUAAAUAUGUUACUUUGGCCCAGGUUAAAGACAAUAAUGGACAGACAUAUUGAAAGCGUGAAGAAGGCUAAGAAUAAACUCGUUGCUCGAGAUGUCCAUCCUCAUUAUAUUUCGCGUCGAUAUGCUGAAUUUGCGGCAUCGAUAUUGAUAUUAAAUGAUGAAUACAAUGAUCCACCGCUUAAAGAUAGUUUAACACGACUACAAAACGAAUUUACGGCAUUACUUGAUAAAAUGUCGUUAGAAUUCGAAGAACGCAAAAACCGAUACAUUUUCUUGAUAAAUAACUAUGAUUUAGUGAUUACCAUUUUGAGUGAAAAUGGAGGAAAAGCGCUAGACCCCGAAAUUAAUUGCUUUAAAGAAUUGUUGAAUUCAAAGAUUUCUGGGUAUGUCGAAGAAGAGUUGCAUCCUUAUUUUGGCGGAUUAAUCAAGUUUGUGAAAAAAGCUCAAGAAAUUAAAGAUAUUGGUACUAUUAGUUUAGACUUUUCAAAUACAUGGCGACAAUCUAUCACCGCCAUCAACACAUCAGUCAUUCAAAAUUUCUCCAAUUUCACAAAUGGUACUUUUAUACUGCAUGCUGUUCUCGGACAACUGAUUAUUUAUUACACUCAGUUUUUUAAUUAUCUGGAAGCACGAAUUCAAAAGGAUGAUGAUAGAGGUGAAGAAGAUGGCGGAAAUAGAGGUAAUAACAAUAGAGGCAGUAAUGAUCGUAUGAUGAUGAAGUUGAGGCAUCAACCUGUUGAUGUACAGACUGUCACUGCAGAAAUCAAGCG